AUGGCAGAACAUUGGGUCAAGUAUGUAAGAAGAUUUGAUAGGCUUAUGGAAGAUGCUCUGAGACUUUCAAUAAAAUCAACAAUGCAAAAUAUGUACAAGUGUGUGCAUGGAGACGGUACUAUGGCACCUGCACCACUCAUCAAAAUGAAUCUUUACCUUAUAAAUAAAGAUAUACAUUACGUACCAAAUAGAUACGAAAUAAUGGAUACAUUCACAACAAUAUUGGAAGAAAUUGUGCAUAUCAUGACUUCGAUUCCUCGUCUGUAUGAAAAGUUUGGCCUACCAUCAGGAGGAACGAAGAAGUUUUACGAAGCAAUCCAAGUAGAUCCUGAUUGUAAUAAGCUUCAAACGUUUAUUGAUGAUGAGAUUGAAUACAACAUUGCAUUAGUACUUGAUCAUCUAAAAAUGUGGGAUCCCUAUGCUCAUAUAUGGAAAGUCGACAAAGACGCGUUCUUGCAACAAUACCGCGAAGAGAAACACACGGCUGCUGAAUUUGAUGCUCUCAUUAUUAACUAUAACAACCUUGCUAACUCCGUUCAAAUAUUGGAGACUAUAAAUCAAAUACAUUUUGUGACGCUAAAUUCAAGCGAAUUAAAGAAAUCUAUAAUAGCGCAUUGUAUUGUUUGGCAAACUAAGUUGGGUGAAUUGUUGAGAACGAUUACGGAAUGUGACAUUGACGUUGUUUAUAAUUAUGUUGAGAAGAGUAGUGAAGAAGCCAUGAAGAUGCCAAGUGACUUGAAGGAGCUUGCUAGUGCCAUUGCCACCUACGAGCGCUUGAUUGGAGACCUCAAUAGGAUGGAAAAGACUUUCCCACCUAUUACUGAUCAGAUGAUAACGCUUGCGAAAUUUGAGGUAGAACUAAGUUCGGAUAUGGUAACACGACAUGAAAAUAUUCCCGAGCUGUGGUCAGAUUAUUUAGGUUUGUUGGAAGAAGCCAAGAAGGCUCUUGAACUUAACAAGGACAAAUUCAAAGCUGAACUUCUAGAGCAAGCCGAGGUGUUUAAAGAAGCAGCUAAAGAUUUUUGUGAGGAUUUCUAUAAGACGUCACCAGUUAGCUCUGAUAUCUCGGGCAAGGAUGCACUCUCACAGUUGAAGGCUUUUAGAGAUCAAUUAAAUGCUUUGCGAGCUCAAGAACAGCAAAUACGAGAUGGACUUGCUGUGUUUAAUUUAACAACUCCAGUGAAUCUGGAUCUUCAAAAAAUGGAAAAGGAGCUGGAGAAACUCGAGGAAGUUUGGGGACUAGUUUUCCAAUGGGAAGAGUCUUGGGAGAAAUAUAAAAAUCAAACGUUUUGGGAAAUGGAGACUGAUGAAAUGGAAGAAAAUGUUUUGUUUUUGUUUAGAAACUUCAAUCGUUUAUCUCGACAGCUGAAAGAUAAGGGCUGGGAUAUUAUUGAUACAACUCGCGUUAAAGUUGAUGCUUUCAGGAGAACAUUACCUUUGAUUGGAGAUUUGAAGAACCCUUGCAUGAGAGAACGCCACUGGGAUAGAAUCAAAGUGCUAAUGGGAGUAGAGUUCGAUCAAAACUCUGAAGAUUUCAAGCUUGAGUUGAUCAUGCGUUUGAACUUCCAAGCAUAUGCUGACGAAAUAGCUGAGAUAUCUAACGCUGCUACCAUGGAGCUGAAUAUUGAGAAUGGACUGAAAGCCAUCAGAGAGGUGUGGAAGAAUACCACGUAUGAGAUGCAGCAUCACAAAGGAGAUAUGUACAAGUUAAAAAGUGUGGAGGAAGUCAUGCAGUUCCUGGAAGAUCAUCAGGUUCAACUUUCUUCAAUGAAAUCAACUAAAUAUGUAGAACCAUUCAUAAAAGAGGUAGAAUAUUGGGAAAAGUCGCUGGGUUAUGUGGCAGAGUGUAUUGAAAAAAAAGUAAUUGAUUUGUUGGAGACACAACAAGAGUUUGAUCCAAUAGACACUUAUUGUAAAAGGAAUCUUGUUAAACUACAACAGAGUAAAAUGAUUGGUGGGAAGAAUUCUCCUUACGGCAAAAAGUUUAAGGCUGCAUUUCGCACAGCUUGUUGUCGAGCAAUAUACUCUCAUGACUGGAAUAAACUGUUGUAUUUACUCAAAAAAUGCCCUCCAUGGGAGCAUGAUUGGAAGGAUGUCAAUGAAGCUGCUUUAUAUGUGCGGGCUCUACUGAUUCUUCUAAUGUAUCAUCCAACUUCUCAAGCGCAAGGGCUAUUCAAUGAGUACUUACAUCUAGUUUGGUCGUGCCGGUCUGAUGAUGAUAAGAAAGCCAUCUUGAAGAUCAUGUUAACGUUACCUGAAAAAUUACAUGGUGUGACUUAUGGAAGAUAUAAUGCUCUAGGUGUGCCCGUAGCCAAAGCCAUGUUGUCUGAAGAUGGCGAGUGUAUUGAGUGGAAAUAUAAUGUGAUCUUGGACGGACCUGCUGAAGUUUGGCUGCUAAACCUCGAACAUGUAAUGAGAGUCGUGCUCAGAGAUCAACUGAUACUGACGCGAGCAGCGUUGAGAAAAUGUCGGUACCAGCGCGAGCAAUGGAUUAACGACUGGCCAGGACAGCUAGGGAUUACUUGCAGCAAGGUUGGUGAUGCCGUUCAUGCUCAGAUGUUCAUAAAAAGUAUAGAUACCUGA